AUGUCACAACAAGCCGCUUACCUGCUCCGCGAGUUCCUGCUAGCGACCAACUGGAACACCUGGGACAACCACUAUGCCUCCCUGACGCACCCAUCGCGACAGCUCCUCGACUUCUCCAUCCCCUCCGGGCUCCACUUCGCGGUCGCCUCGCACCCGACACUCAACUUUACGCCGGGCGUGAACCUCUCUUCGCUCGUCCCAGAAGUCCCAGUCACCUACCCGCCGUCCCCCGCACCUGUCCUCGGCCCUCCAGCAAGCCCACUCCUCGCUGGACAGCUCUCGUACCUCUUCAGUUCGGCACCCAUCUCUGCGACCAGCUCUAAACGUGCGGCGGAAGGCGAUGCGCGAAUACGCUUCAAGGAUGUCGUGCAGAGCUUUCCGUUCGAAACGGUACCGGUUCGACCAGAGUUGCGGGAGGAUGCGCUGCCGACUUGGAAAGGCGGCGAGCGAGUAGACAAGGCUGACUUCCUCCUCUAUGGCCGACUGUACGUGCCAAACCCUCGACUCGACGCUCUCUACGUCCACCGCCUCUCGCCAACCCUCCAAGCCCUCGUCUCGCUCAUCACCGUCCCCUCUCCUGCCCCUCCACCGACGCUGACCUGGGAGAACACCGACCCAGCCGCCUCGCUCUCCGCCUCAACCUCGUCCGUCGCCGGCGCAUCCGGCCCAACGUCAGGUCCCCUUGCUCGACUCAGCGAGCUCGAGCUGAAGCUCCAGCAGGACACGGGCCGGUGGUCCGCAGAAUACAGCUAUGCUGUGGGCGACGGGAUGUGGGGAUUGAGAGGGUUGUACAAUUUCGGUCGAUGGGGCGAACCAGGAGCAGCGUCGACCGCUGUGCCUGUCUCGCCGGGCACUGGAGGUGCAGGACCAGAGAUGAGGGAACGAGCGGUCGACGAGGAGGACGAGAUGCCUGCGGGCCUGAAGGGGCGUUGGUCGGCGGGCGGCGAGAUCUACUUCUCGGCGCAGGAACGGUCCGCAGGCGUCUCCACCGGCGUGCGGUUCACGACGAUCCCUGAGUCGGCUGGUGGACCUCCUCAACCUCCGACUUAUAUCUCUGCGACGAUCAACCCCAUCAUGGGCCAGCUUUCGACCGCUUACGCCGUACGAGUCGGCCGAGACGCAAGUCUGGCAAGUCGAUUCGACUUCAACUUGUACUCGUACGACGCCGACUUGACCGUCGGAGGCGAGUGGUUUCAGCGGAGAACGCCGGCGAAGGACAAGGCGAGGGAGGAGGAGCACAAAGCGGGUGCAACGUUCGACGCGUUUGGGCGAGGCGCAGAUGACGAGGAGACGAAGCGAAGACGGCGGAAUAAUGAUGCGGAAGACGAGGUACUGGGCGUGCUCAAAGUGCGAGCCUCGACGAACGCGGACGUCGCCAUGCUGUGGGAAGGCCGAUUAGGCGACUUCAUCGUCUCGGCCGGACUCGUCGCCGACAUCCGUCUCGCAACCCAAAGUCGCGGACGCAUCAGUCCCAUCCGGAGUAUCGGGCUGUCGGCGUCUUACUGGGCUUGA